AUGCCUUUCUCUCAUCAUAGUCAUUCAGGUCAAUUUUGCCAACAUGCGACAGGAAUGCUGGAGGAAAUUAUUCAGGAAGCUAUUAAAAAGAAAUUUAUAGUAUAUGGGCUAUCCGAACAUUGUCCGAGAUAUAGGAUAGAAGAUUUGUAUCCCGAAGAGUCUCACCUCCAACCAUUGGAUUUAUCCAAAACAUUUGAAGAAUUUGUAAAGGAGGCACGUAGAUUACAAGAAAAAUACAAGUCUCAAAUCACUCUUUUAGUUGGAUUAGAAUCCGAAACAAUCACCAGUUCUUCAACUUCUGAAGCUCUUGACUUGAUAGAGAAAUAUUCUCUUGAUUAUGUUGUUGGAUCCGUUCAUCAUGUACACGAGACUCCGAUUGAUUUUGACUUAGAAAUGUUUGAAAUUGCACUUUCAAAGUCAUCAUCAAAUAAACAACGCAUUGAAAAUAAUCCAGAAGAAAAUUUAUUCGCAGAGUAUUUUGAUUCUCAAUAUCAAAUGUUGCAAAAUAUCAAACCAAUUAUUGUUGGACAUUUUGAUGUUAUAAGGAUUUAUAGGCCUAAUUUUAUUUUUAGUGAUUUAAUUUGGAAAAAGGUUGAGAGAAACAUAGAUUAUGUUGUUAAUUAUGGUGGUUUAUUUGAAAUUAAUUCUGCCGGAUUUAAAGUUGGUUUACCUGAUGCUUAUCCACAAAGAGAUAUUUUACAAUUGAUUUUAAAAAAAGGAGGUAAAUGUACAAUUUCAGAUGAUAGCCAUGGUGUAUUAAGAGUUGCAAUGCAUUAUGAUAGGCUGUACAAUUAUCUUAAAGAAAUGAAUAUAAAUGUAUUGUACUAUUUAGAUUAUAAUAUAGAAGAUAAUAUCGAACAUAAAAAGGUUAUUGUAAAAGAAAUGAAAAAUGUAUUAGACCAUCCUUUUUGGGACCAAUUUAAUUCUUCAUAA